AUGCAAGUGAACCACCCGUCAAUCACGCGUGAAAUGCUCGGCGAUGGUUGGGCUGAACACCUCGACCCGGCUGAGGUUGCCUCAGCAGAAUAUUCAAGAUACUCCUGCAUUUGCGAGACAUGCGAUCGAGAACGAUUAAACGACUCGCUACAGUACUCACUGAAACGGAUCAACACAUAUCGAGCUCUUGCCAGUCCGGCUUGGAUGAGCCUGACCAGCCCGGAUCCUAUUCUUUCUGCUUUCAAACUCAGUUGGGAGCUACAACAUCUGUCAGCAGUGGAGCACGAGUUCAAAGAGACGUACCUCCAGCUCGCUGAGCAAUGUAAGCAGUUCGCAUGUGAUCUCAUCAGUCAGUGUCGGAGUAGUGAAGAGGUGAUAGCGGUACUGAACAAGGACUACAACACUCACGAUGAGAACGUGGACGUGUGGGCGUCAAAACUGAGUUUAUCGCGUCUGAAGUUUGGCCAUCAAAUACGAACAGAAAGCUGUGACCCGGAUCCUAUUCUUUCUGCUUUCAAACUCAGUUGGGAGCUACAACAUUUGUCAGCCGUGGAGCACGAGUUCAAAGAGACGUACCUUCAGGUUCAGAGCUCUACGUUAGGUUUUUGCUUCAUGGUGAUAGCCGUACUGAACAAGGACUACAACACACACGACGAGAACGUGGACGUGUGGGCGUCGAAACUGAGUUUAUCACGUCUGAAGCUGGCCAUCAAAUACGAACAGAAAGCUUUCGUCUCCCAUCCACAUUGCCAACAACUGCUCACUUCGAUCUGGUAUGAGGGAUUCCCAGGACGACAGCAACGUGGUUCUGCGUGGAAUAUCAUCGUCUGCAUAGCUCUGAUCAUUCUUUGGCCUGUUCUAGCAAUCUGUUAUAUU